AUGGCGUUUUCUUUAUGUGUUCUAGGUCUUCAAAAUGGCGAAGACAACUUCAGCAGCUUCGUUUCUGCUCCUCCAACAGCUGCGAAGCAGCCCGAGAAGACAGAAACUCCUGAUCUCACGAAAAACGAAGAAGAGAGCUUCUUCAACCAAGUCUUGCCCACUGAAAAGGAAAAAGUUAAGCUGGACAAGGACAGCAUUCUGGCGCUCUACGCCAACACUCCCCCUACCAAUAAUUUCAACCAGUUCCCGCAGGCGACCUACCAACAACCUGCACAGAACGCUUUUCAAGGUUUCGGCGGUUUCCCGCAACCACAAGCCACGUUUCCUAUGCAGAACGGCAUAACGCAGAUUCCACCCCAGUGGCCCCAGCAGCAGUGGGGCAAGCAGGGACAGUUUCCCGCCCAGCAGCAAGGGCAGUUCUUGCCUAAUGUCACUCAGCCUCUCGCGCAGUUUGGCAACAGCCAGCAGUUCGCUGCUUUCCCCCAGCAGCCCCCUGCGGCGAAUCAGUUCUACCAACAGCAGUUCCAGACUCCUGGUUUCAAUCAAGCCCCGAACCCUUUCUUUGCCAAUCAAAAUCUCCAGCAGCAAUUCAGUAAUUUGAAUUUGAAUAAUCAGACCGCGAAUACCGGUAAUGUAUGGCAGUAAGGGGUAGUUUGUUUGAUUGGGGUUGCGCCAUUGGGGUGUGUCCUGAGUUUGAGCUUUGUUUAGCGUGAAUCCGGGUACGAGCAUUUUUAUUGAAACAGGGCGUAACUUGGGGGGUGAUUCCCUGUUCACAGUAAGUUUUCAGUAUAGUAAAAUAAAUUUGCCAUUUCUGUGAAGUUUAUUUUAAGGUAUCUUUAAGGUGGAGAUUCGAUGGUUUCAAUUGAUAUUAACUUUAGAUUUCGUAGUGUUACUUCUGCCGUGAAAUUGUAAUUUAUUUUUUUAUUUAUUGAUUUUUCAAAGUUAUAGCCACAGGAGAUUAUUGAAAUCCGCCAAUUCGCAUUUGAAGAACAUACAAAAAGGGCUAUUUCUGCAAAUUUCUUCAAAAGAGUGAAAACAGAAUCAAUGCAAUUUUACUUGUUUACCAAUGUCUUUAAUUUUACGUGAUUUUUCUACCAUAUGCCUUUCUUCAAAACAUAAUUUAUAUGCAGUAAAAUUCUCACUCUGAGUUCAAUCUAACUCCUUUGAAUCUUAUGUCGUGUCAAAAUGGUUUCUGUUAAAGAAUUAUUACAAAUUUCACCUACAUUUAAAUGGUCUUCAAAAAUAAACCAAUUGGUCUUUAUUAGUGACUCUACUUUAAACUAGGUUAUUCAUUUAUUAUCCUUAUAUUUUUUUGAGCAGACACAGUGCUACUUAUACAGUACAGGGUGUCCCAAAUUCGAGGGUGAUCAUUGGAAUCUCGGAAACCGUAAGAGAUACAGGGUCGGUUAAAUUAGGGCAAAGUUGCGUAAUUUGCUAUGAAUUUGUAACUUAUUGGGCUUUUCUAAAUGUGAAAACGGCAUUUCCUUUUUUUUAUAGAAUUUGGAAAUGGAAAUUAUUGGUCUUCACAAUAAUACAUAAUUUGAAAAGGCAACAAACAUAGUAUGUUUAGACACGUCAAACGGAAAAUGUGCACAUUAUUUAAAUUCGCAUUUAAAAUAUAAGAAAAACUAGCUACAUAGGUGCCAUUUCAUUAAAUUAUUGAAUUGUCCAAGCUGCACCAAAAACAUCAUUUAUUUUGUGAAAUGCUUGGCCGUUUCACCUUGAAUUUAAGUUUUUCAAUUGAAAAGUUUUUUCAUUCUUGCAAUAGAGUGUUAUAUAUUUUGCUAUAAAAUGUUUCAGAUUGUUUUUCACUAUUCACCAUUGAUUUUUUAGUUGAACGAUGAUAUUUUUAUUUCAGUCCAUAGUCGCUUUUCGUUUUCGUUAGUUAUCCGGCCAAUGUCGCUUUGGCAUAACCUACUGUUUGAAUGAAAAUAAAAUAAAACAAAAUCAUUAUUGAAGUGUACCAAACUACGAAACUUUGCCUCAAUUCAACUAACCCUGUGCCUAUUCCGAGAUCCCAAUGGUCACCCUCGAAUUUGGGACACCCUAUACAGUACCAUACAGUAUUUGUAAACCACUAUUUCUCUAACAAAUCUAUUCACAGAAACACCAAUUUUAUUCAGUAUACAACAACUAUAAACAAAAACCAGCUUGAAAAUAAGCCUAACAAUCUAACAGUUCAACACCAAAUAGAAUGACAGUAUCCGACUCAGUGUUGCCAAACCUAUUCCAGAUAGAAUGUAUUUGAAAGUGUUCACAUUUGGCAACACUACAAUGGUACUGUCUCAUAGAGACUUGGUCACUUGAUGGAGACGCAUGCUUUUGGUGCAUGCAGUCAUUUUUUUCAUUUUCUAUUGUUUUAGAAAAUAUUUUGGCUCUUCAAUAGAUGAUCCAAAUCAGUUCAGAUAUGCAGGAAAUGUUUUUGUUGGAUUUAUUCUAUUCCAAUAUGAAUAUCUGCCUUGCACCAAAUCCUUAGUAGAAGCUGAGCAGGUAAAAAAACAGUUACGUUCAAACGAUGAUUCUUAUGAAACAUGGCUGAAUCUAAUGUAUUAUCAAGUAUGGCCUACUUUCCAACUUUGCUUCACGUUUCAAACUGAUCAGAGAGAGGGAGAGAGACAUUUCAGAAUUAUUAAGUUAUUGUUGCGGUCCAACUAUAAAGGCAAUUGACUAUGCCUGGCUUUGAAUUGAAAUGACAAAA